AUGGCUAACCUCGUCUCUGCCAACGAUGCGGACUACACCAUCAAGCCGGCCGCGACCACCGCGCCCAUUGACACCAGCGAGUGGCCGCUGCUGCUGAAGAACUACAGCAACAUGCUUGCUCGCAGCAACCAUUUCGUCCCCAUUCCCUACGGCUGCGCCCCUCACAAGCGCGAUCUCAAGAGCUACAUCUCCAGCGGUGUCAUCAACCUCGACAAGCCCUCCAACCCCUCCUCGCACGAGGUUGUCGCUUGGGUCAAGCGCAUCCUGCGCUGCGAGAAGACCGGUCACAGCGGUACCCUCGACCCCAAGGUCACCGGAUGUCUGAUUGUCUGCAUUGACCGUGCCACCCGCCUGGUCAAGUCGCAGCAGGGCGCCGGAAAGGAGUACGUCUGCGUCAUCCGUCUCCACGACAAGAUCCCCGGCGGCGAGGCUCAAUUCGCCCGUGCUCUCGAGUCCCUCACCGGCGCUCUCUUCCAGCGCCCCCCGCUCAUCUCCGCCGUCAAGCGUCAGCUCCGUAUCCGUACUAUUCACGAGAGCAAGCUCUACGAGUUCGACAAUGACCGCCACCUGGGUGUCUUCUGGGUGAGCUGCGAGGCGGGUACCUACAUUCGUACGCUCUGCGUGCACUUGGGUCUGCUGCUCGGCGUUGGUGCGCACAUGCAGGAGCUCAGGCGUGUCAGGUCCGGUGCCAUGAGCGAGGACGACAACAUGGUCACUCUCCACGAUGUCCUCGACGCCCAGUACGUCCAGGACAACAGCAUGGACGAGUCGUACCUCCGUACCGUCAUUUCCCCGCUGGAGUCUCUCCUCACUGGCUACAAGAGGGUUGUUGUCAAGGACAGCGCUGUUAACGCCGUCUGCUAUGGUGCCAAGCUCAUGAUCCCCGGUCUGCUUCGUUUCGACAAGGAGAUCGAGAUCCACGAGGAGGUUGUUCUUAUGACCACCAAGGGCGAGGCCAUCGCUCUGGGUAUUGCCCUGAUGUCCACUGUUGAGAUGACUACCUGCGACCACGGCGUUGUUGCCAAGAUCAAGCGUGUUAUCAUGGAGCGUGACCUCUACCCCAAGAGGUGGGGCCUGGGCCCUGUUGCCACCGAGAAGAAGAAGCUCAAGGCCGAUGGCAAGCUCGACAAGUAUGGCCGUGUCAACGAGAACACGCCCGCCGCCUGGAAGCAGAACUACAAGGACCUUUCCCCUGCCGAGCAGGCUGCCGCCGGCUCUGAGGCUCUUGCCGAGACCACCUCGAAGGAGGAUGUUCUUAGCGCACCCCCGGUCGCUCCCGUCGCUGACAGCGAAGAGCUUCCCGAUGCUCCUGCUGAGGAGUCCAAGGACAAGAAGAGGAAGAGCAAGCACGAAGGCGAGACGGCCGAGGAGAAGGCUGAGCGCAAGCGCAGGAAGGCGGAAAAGAAGGAGAAGAAGGAGAAGCGCAAGUCGCUCAAGUCGGCCAAGGAUAGCGACAGCGAGUAA